CUUAGUAUCCGUGCUUGCGGCGUAGUUGCAGUUGCGGAGUCGUUUUGUUUUGUUUUUGUUACGAUCACCGAAGAAUUGAAUAUGGAGUUCAGUGAAGAGGAGUUUGGUAGGUUACUGUAUGCCGAGAACAAUCGAAAAACAGCUGAAGAAAACUACGUUCAAGAUCCUCUUGACGCUGAUAAUUUGACCAAGUGGGGAGAAGCUUUGAUAGAGUUGUCGUCAUGCCAAAAUCCUAGGGAUUCCAAGAAGAUGAUUGAAGAUGCACGUACUAAGUUGGAGGAGGCUUUAGAAAUCGAUCCAACUAAGCAUUACACUCUUUGGUGCUUGGGGAAUGCCCUUACGUCUUGUGGAUUUCUAACUCCUGAUCUCAGUGAUGCAAAGGGUCAUUUUGACAAGGCCUAUGAGUAUUUCCAGAAAGCCGUGGACGUGGAUCCUGAAAAUGGUCUCUACAGACAGUCCUUGAAAGUUGCUCUUCAGGCCCCAGAACUACACAUGGAGAUCCACAAAAAUGGGAUUGGUCAGAUGGGUCUUGGAGGGGGAGGGGCUUCUACUUCUUCAAAAGUAAAGGAAUCUAAAAAGCAGAAGAGCAGUGAGUUUACAUAUGACUUGCUUGGAUGGGCUAUUCUUGCAGCAGGUAUAGUAGCAUGGGUAGCAAUGGCCAAAUCUCACAUUCCACCAUCACCUCCUAGUUAAACAAAUUUCGUCAUUCCUUUUAUGUGUUAUUAUCAAAAUAUUAGUGAAAGACUAUUCAUAGAUUGGAAGUUUUGUUUUUUGGAGAAUAACUUUAGAUUGGAAUUGAGAAUUAGGUAUUGCAUACUGAUGUUUGGUUAAGUAAUUAACUCGGUUGGGGCGGUCAACAACUCCUAUAGCACUGAGCCUCAGAGAGGAAAAUGGUCUAUUUUUGACCUAGAUGUGAUUCAAUUACGAUUCAUUUAUAUUUUUUGAUGAUGCAAAUUCAAAUGUUCAAAUACAAAGCCACUCAAUUCAACCAACAAUAAUUAACCAUCUCA